AAAUAAAAAAUCAACAUGGCGUUAUAAUAUAUAAUGUACAAAAACUUGCAAUUCUGCAUACAAAUAUUUUCUGAACUAUUAAAUUUUAAUAAUUAAAACUAUUAUUUUAUACACCAAAAAAAUAUAUAAAUAUGGUACUCUUAACACAAUUAUUUACUUGCACUAAAAAUUCUAAAUUUCUCGUGAAAAAUACUACUACUAAUUUAGCAUGUGUAAGAUAUGCAUCAAAGAAAUCUAGUACUAGUACACGUAAUGCACCUAUUCGCACAAUACCAAAACAUAGAGGAUGGAGAGUACAAGAUGGACAUUAUGUUAAAGAAUCUACAAUAUUAGCUACACAACUUAAACCUAGAUUUCAUCCAGGAUUAUAUGUUGGUUUUGGUAAAAAUGGUACAUUAUAUGCUUUAGAAAGUGGAAAAGUAAUGAUUACCUGUGAAAAGAUUAAUCCAAAUAUGUCUCGUUCUUGGGCUAGGCUGAAUUAUGCAGACAGAGAAAAUAAUGUUAUAUAUAAAAAACAUUUUAAUGUUAUUCCCGAAUCACAACAUAAUAGAUUUGUAUUAAUUGAUACUCUUUAAGUGAAAAUAUUAUAUAUAAUAAAUAAAUUAUAUUGUAUUAUUUGAA